AUGGCUGUAGAUGAAGUAACUGAAAAUCCUUCCUUAAAACCAGGAACUAAACCAAGACCUUGUGAAAAAUAUAUUGAUAAUUUUUUCAGAUGUUGUGAUGUAGAAUUUAAAACAACAAAUUCUAUGUUAGGUAAGCUAAAGGAAUGUAAAAGCAACAGUGAGAUGGAAGCAAAGUUGAAAGAUUAUAAUGCGAUAAAAGAAGAAAUUGUUAAUGUUGGAAUGCAUGAAUGUAACUUUCUAAUAGAAAAAGAGUUUCACGAUAACAUGUCAUACAGAAUAAGUGAUCGUCUACGUGAUUUUUGUUUUGAAGAAAAAUUGACAGAUGAAUAUAUAUUCAAAGUAAAGGAAAUUUAUUCUGCAGAGGAUAAGGCAGGUGCAGACGUUUUUUUCGAAACAUGCAAUAAGGAAGGUAAUUUAGAAAGAAAAAAAGUUAUUGAUGAUAUGGCCUUGAUAAAAUCUAAUCUUAGAAAACAUGAACAGUGCACGCAUAUUAAAUUAUCAGAAGAGAAAUUAAAUAAUGCAGCAAAGAGAGUACAAAGAUUACUUUGUGAUUUAUGUCUUUUAACUCUGAGACCUGCAAAAGAUUUACCUUUAAAACCUGAUGAUGGCAAACCACCUUGCUAA